AUGAAGAAAAUCAAUGUGGUGAAUCUUGAUAAACUUUUAGAUAACUUCUCAGAGAUAGAAAAGAAAAUUUCAGAAAUUAAUGAAGCAAACAAACUAUCAGCUCUUCAGCUGGAAAAAUCGAACAGGUUGUUAACAUUAAGCCAAUCAAGGGAGGAAUCAGUAAAAGAAGAAUGUACUGCUCUACGGAAUGUGAUAAAGGGUCUUACACAAACUCUUGAAAACCAGUGUAACAUAAAAGAUGAAAAUGACAGACUGAAGGCAAACAUUCAUGUCUUGGAAGAUAAAUUAAGGGCUUCUGAACAGGAAUAUAAAGAGCAGAUUGAGAAACUCACAAUUGAAAUUCAAAACAAAGAGGAAGACCACAAAUUAGAAAUAGCACAGUUGAACUGCAACAUGAGAAAAAAAACUGAAGCAAAAGAGAUGGAGUAUAAGGAACAGAUAGAGAAAAAGGAACUGGAAAUAUUAGAGCUAGCUAGACAGCUGAAAACUCAAGAUGAAGAGAAGCAGAAUGAAAUAAUUAAACUGCAGAUAGAGUUCAAUGCUAAAUUGGCAAGAGUUCAGAACAAAACAACAAAAUCAUAUUCAGAUGCUUCUGUUCUGCCACAAAGUAUCUAUCGAAGGAAACUACAGCAUCUGCAGGAGGAGAAAAACAAGGAAAUUGAGAUCCUCCGAAACACCAUACGGGACUUAGAGCAACGUCUUAACAAAGGCCAAGAUUUGCACUUGAAACGGAGGCGGUUUUGAGUAAACAGCAUGAAGCUUUUCAGUAGAACAUACAAGAAACAGCGUAUUUCAAACUGAGCACUUAAGAGUAAAAACAAAACACGAAGAAAUGCUGAAUACUUUUAUUGAAAUGUCUCGUCAAAUAUCCCAAAGGCAUGCAUUUUGUUUAUAUUCAGUACUAUUUUCUUGCUAAUCGGCAUUCACCACAAAAAGAUUCCGUUUUCAUAGGAGUAAUAAUUUUCCUAUUCAAUCAUCAUUAAUUAUGGUGUAUGCUUUCAAAGCUGCUUUCCUUUCUUGAAUACUCUGCUCAUCCAGGAAUCCUUUGAACAAAAGCAUUUUUACUUCAGCAUGGUUAAUCAGAAUUAGAAAACGUUAAGCUACAUACAAAGAAAUUAUAAAAAUGUCAGUGGUAUAUCGCCUUACUAAUCAACACAGAUAACAAAUUCCAUACUCUCAUAAGCAAAGAAAAGUAUUAAACCAAGACUGAGUUUGUCCUGUCUCUUUCUUGAUAGAGGCAUUGAAUCUGCACAAAGAGUUGUUAAUAUUGCUUCUCACUUCAGGCAUGAACCUAUUGAUUCAGUGGGAUUUGACAAACUGUAGUAGUGUGCAUCAGUGAAACCUGUACUAUAUUUAACCCUCAAAAGUUAAGAAUAUGAUCUGUUACUUAAAAACAAUGCAGUUACUGUUGUAUCUUACACUUGAGAUAAAAAGUUAUUUUGGUCCACUGUUUAGCAAUGAGCUGUGCUUGUACAUAAUUUGUAUACCUAAUUUAGAAAAAAAAAAAACUUUUGAAUAUAUCCCCUCUUAAUUAAAAAAAAAAAAAUUAAAA